GACAACCAUUAUCAUCCUCAAGAGGAUUUCUGCUCAGCAUCCCUUUUACUGGACCCGGCUUCACUCUGCUGGAUCUGGUCCACCCAGACAGCAACUUUCAUCCAGUCAUUGUAAGGAUGGAGAAAGAGCAGAGACGAGAAUGUGAUGUAUAAUAGAAGAGAGUGCAGGUAGGGAGAGUCAGAGUUAGAAACAAAGAAAAACCAUAUUGCUGUGUGAAGAAGGGCUGGGAAUCAUCAGUGAAGCAGAAUGUCUCAGAUAAAGAGACAUAAUUACAGCAGGACCACCAGCAGUGGUAGCAGCAGGAUGAGUUCAGACGGAGGAGGACGGCCGGUAAAAGUGGGCUCUCUGGUAGAGGUCAUUGGAAAGGGUCAUCGUGGCAUUGUAGCCUACAUUGGCACCACACUUUUUGCCUCAGGAAAAUGGGUGGGGGUGAUCCUUGAGGAGCCCAAAGGCAAAAAUGAUGGCACAGUGCAAGGCAAGCGCUAUUUCACUUGUGUGGAGAACCAUGGGAUAUUUGUGCGUCAGUCCCAGAUCCAGUUGGUGGAUGAUGGGUAUGACACAACGUCCCCUGAUACUCCUGAACCUAUCACUUCUAAAGUGCUUAAACGAGAAAUUCCAGAAGCCGUCAAGGCCAAUAAAGUGCGAGGAGCCAAACCCAAAAAGACUCCUGCUCCUCGUAAGACCACGGUCAGGAAACCAAAGGCCCGGCCUGGAGUUGGGCAGAAGGUGGGAUCAGGCUCUGCCUCAGCUGGAGAGAUAAGCAGCAGUGAACCAAGCACACCUGCCCAAACUCCUUUGGCUGCUCCCAUGAUCCCUUCUCCUGGAACACUCCCCUCUCCUGGGGCUCCACCCGUCCCAGUCCUGAGUAAGGAGGAGGAGGCUCUUCAGGCACAGGUAAAAGAUCUGGAGGAGAAGCUGGAGACUUUGCGAAUAAAGCGGGCAGAGGACAAAGCCAAGUUAAAAGAGAUGGAGAAAUACAAGAUCCAACUGGAGCAGCUGCAGGAAUGGAGGAGUAAAAUGCAAGAACAGCAGAAUGAGCUGCAGAAGCAACUCAAAGAAGCCAAGAAGGAGGCAAAGGAAGCUCUGGAGGCAAAAGAGCAUUACAUGGAGGAGAUGGCAGAUACAGCAGAUGCUAUUGAGAUGGCUACAUUGGACAAGGAGAUGGCAGAGGAGAGGGCGGAGUCUUUACAGCUGGAGGUUGAUGCUCUUAAAGAGAAGGUGGAAGAACUGACCAUGGACCUUGAGAUUCUUAAACAUGAGAUAGAGGAGAAAGGGUCAGAUGGAGCAGCAUCAAGUUAUCAUGUGAAACAACUAGAAGAGCAAAAUGCCCGUCUGAAGGAGGCCUUGGUCAGGAUGCGUGACCUGUCCGCCACUGAAAAACAGGAACACGGCAAGCUGCAGAAGCAGAUGGAGAAAAAGAACUUUGAGCUGGAAACACUGAGGGGGCAAAAAGAAAACGUGCAGGAGGAGCUGAAGAUGGCGGAGAGGACCAUAGACGAGCUCAAAGAGCAGGUGGAUGCUGCUUUGGGAGCAGAGGAGAUGGUGGAGACCCUUACAGAGAGAAAUCUGGACCUGGAGGAAAAAGUACGGGAGCUCAAAGAGGCCGUAACCGACCUGGAGGCUAUUAAUGAGAUGAACGACGAGCUACAGGAGAACGCCAGAGAGACGGAGCUGGAGCUGAGGGAGCAGCUGGAUCUGAGUGCUGCCAGUGUAAGAGAGGCUGAAAAACGUGUCGAGGCGGCACAGGAAACUGUGGCAGAUUAUCAACAAACUAUCCAAAAAUACAGAGAGCUGACGGCCCACCUGCAGGAAUUGAACAGAGAGCUCAUGAGCCAGCAGGAGGCCACAGCCGAACCACAGCAGCAACCAGCAGAGAUGUUUGACUUUAAGAUUAAAUUUGCCGAAACCAAAGCCUAUGCAAAGGCUAUUGAGAUGGAGUUGCGUAAAAUGGAGGUGGCUCAGGCAAACAGGCAGGUGGCGCUGCUCACCUCCUUUAUGCCUGAAUCCUUCCUGAGACAUGGAGGAGACUAUGACUGCAUCCUAGUCUUGCUGCUCAUUCCCAGACUUAUCUGCAAGGCAGAGCUGAUCAGUAAGCAGGCCCAGGAGAAGUUUGAUCUGACUGAGAACAGCUUAAAGAGGCCAGGAAUGAGAGGAGCUGUGGGGGAGCAGCUCAGCUUUGCUGCUGGUUUGGUAUACUCUCUAAGCCUGCUUCAGUCUACAUUGCACAAAUAUGAACAUGCUCUAAAUCAGUGUGAUGUGGAGGUGUAUAAGCGUGUAGGUUCACUUUACUCUGAGAUGUGUGUGCACGAGCGCUCUCUGGACUUCUUAAUCGAUCUGCUGCACAAGGACCAACUGGAUGAGACUGUGAAUGUGGAGCCACUUACCAAAGCUAUUAAAUACUAUCAGCAUCUUUACAGUAUUCAUCUAGCUGAACAAGCUGAGGACUGCACUAUGCAGCUGGCUGAUCAUAUAAAAUUUACCCAGAGUGCUCUGGACUGCAUGGCAGUGGAAGUGGGCCGUCUGCAUGCCUUCCUACAGGCAGGAGAGGAGGAAACACAGCUGGCUGUGCUGCUGAAGGAUCUGGACACUUCCUGUAGCGACAUCCGCCAGUUCUGCAAGAAGAUCCGACGCCGCAUGCCUGGCACUGAUGCAGCAGGAAUCCCCACUGCCCUCAACUUUGGGCCUCAGGUGAGUGAAACUCUGGCGGAGAGCAGAAGGCAGCUGGCCUGGGUGAAUGCUGUGCUGCAGGAGGUGGCUGCAGCGGGAGCUCAGCUUAUCGCUCCACUCGGGGAACAUGAAGGUCUGCCAACGCUCAAACUAGAGGACAUGGCCUUCAAAGCAGCCGAACAGAUCUACGGCACACAAGGUAUAAACCCCAACGAGUGUCUUCGCCAGUCUUGCAGCGUUGUCAUUGCAACGAUGAACAAGAUGGCCACUGCUAUGCAGGAGGGAGAAUAUGACUCAGAGAAGCCACAGAGCAAGAUGGCCCCAGUGGAGGUGCGGGCAGCUGCACUAAGGGCAGAGAUCACAGAUGCUGAAGGACUCGGCCUUAAACUAGAAGAUAGAGAGACUGUUAUCAAAGAGCUCAAGAAAUCCCUCAAAAUAAAAGGUGAGGAGCUGAGUGAGGCUAAUAUCCGCUUAAGUCUGCUGGAGAAGAAGCUAGACAGUGCCUCAAAGGAUGCUGAUGAACGAGUGGAGAGAAUCCAGACCGUUUUGAACGAGACGCAGUCUCAGCUAAAGAAGAAAGAGAAGGACUUUGAAGAGACCAUGGAUGCUCUACAGGCUGAUAUAGACCAGCUUGAGGCAGAAAAGGCAGAGCUGAGGCAGAGAAUCAACAGCCAAUCCAAGCUGGCCGUGGAGGGGCUAAAAGGAAGUCCUGCCUCUGGUAUUGCACCUAUUGUGACUGGUGGAAUCAUGACUGAGGAACAGAAAGGUGCUGUAGGGGUUUGUGCUGCUGCAGGGGUGCAGAUGAUAGAUUCUCCAUUGUUGACCCAGCAGAUUGAAGCACAGAGACUCAGCAUAAAGCAUCUGAAGAACGAAAACAACAUCCUAAAGGCAGAGAAGAUGCGUGCGCAGUUGGCCUCUCUGCCUCCUCUGAAUGUCCCUAAGCUGAGCCUGCGUGAGGGCAGUAGACCCGAGGUUCUAUCUAGUGCCCUCUACCGCAAAACAGACCAACUGUUGGAAACGUUGCUGCAGAUGAGUGCCAACACCAAAGUGGUAGACAUUACUGGAAAAUCUCCAGUGAGUCCAGGUGCCCAGCUGCUGGAGCAGACUGCGAGGUUACAAUCUCUUAGUGAGACUCUGGAUAGGCUAAAGGAUGAGGUGGCUGAGCAUGUGGUAUCUCAGAGACCUGGUGCUCGGGUUUCGUCUGAUUUUGCAACUUUCCCCUGCACCUCGUUUGUGAAGGCUAAGGAGGAGAAAAGGAGAGAUGAAGUGUUGGUUGGGCGUGUAAUGAUGCCGUGUGCUCGAGGACAGGAGCAGGUUCAUCAGCUAGUACUGUCCCAGUCCCAGCUGCAAAGAGUGCAUCACCUGCUUCAGACCUAAAUUAGACUGUCAUCAUGGUUGAGUCUUGUAGCUGCUUCUCAAAAACUCAGUUUUCUUACAUGCAUCUCUGCUUAACAUCCAAUAGAAACACAUGAAACGAGUCCUGGGAAAAGCCUUGAUUGCAGUUAUAUGUUGGAGGGGUCUUUGGCUUGAGAUCCAUUAAGCAACUGAAGCAUGAUUUGUUACUGAAUGUAUGGCCGACCACGAACAAGAUCUUCAACACAUUCAACAAGUUUUCUUUUACUGAAAAAGGACAAAUAGUCUAAAAAUGGCUCAGAUCUGAAUCAAUAACAUAGUAACAAGUAAUUUCAGUUACUUACGCUUUUCCUAAAGCUUUGUGGUUUUACUGCUCAAUUUGGAGGAACACUGGUGAUGUAUAACCACAUUUCUCCACUAAGAUAGUAAUGCCAUUAAGUAAAUCCUAAUCCUAAGUUUUUAACUGAAGUAUUUUAGCAAAAUAUGCUUUACAUUAAGAACUGCCUUCAGGUUUCCAUUAAAACUGAGGAAGGCUGCGUUCACAUGGUCAUUGUCAGGAUCAAGCAGAAAACACAUAGGUGUGCCUUUUAUUUUCCUUAUCAUCAUUGGGAAACUUGCAUCCUAAUUUAUCUGCCCAUACUCAUUCAAUUUGAAAAAGUAUGAUAAACUACUCAAAUUCUGAUCUGCUGUAUAUUUAGUACAGUAGGAUGUUUUGAUAUAUAUAUAAGGAUCUUCAAAAAGUUUACGCACUUUUAUAUUUUCGUUGGAGACGGUGAUGGUGGGAGGAGUAGUAAUUGGUCAUAUUUGAGAGACAGAGAGAGCUUAUAGUCCAGAUUUAGCAUAAUCUGAUUUCCACCUUUUUGGGCACUCAAAGAAGCUUUAAGAGGAAGAAGAUUUUCAU